AUGCACAAGAUAACGUUCAUGAAGACGAUCGGAGUCGUGGAGGCUCUGAAGAUGGCGAAAGCGCGAGGCUACGAGGAUUUUGAGUUCCACGCGAACUUCUACCCUCCACAACAGGAAGACUGGGAAUUUCUAGAGGACAAAUGCGAUGAGAUGAUGGCCCUCAUCAAGGAGCUCAAAGUUAAGAUGGUCGAGCGAAGAAUGUAUGGUCGCUUGCGAACAAGGAAGGAUGGACAUGUCGAGCGAGAGGUUGAUGCGGCUGCGCAGAAAGCCGCCGAAAUCGAUCAGAACCAGCAGCGAAUCGCCAAUUUAAUGAUCGGCGGAAAUGAUGGGAACAACAACACGAAAAUGGACUGA